AUGUCAGAACUCAAGUUAGACAUCAAAGAAACUGAUAUGGAAGAGCCAGAGCAAAACACUGUGAUCGGUAUUGUGAAAGAAGCUCAACGACUAUAUAAUAUCGAUAAGGAUGUAGCGGCUUACGUCAAGGAAGAAUUGGAUAAGCAACUUGGAGCAACUUGGCAUGUCAUAUGCGGGAAAUGCUUUGGAUCACGAGUUUCUUAUGAAAUGGGACAUUUUCUUCUUCUUAGGUGUAACAAGGUUAAUGUGAUGAUUUACAAAUGCGGAUAUUAA